AUGGUCAACUACACGGCACCAUGCUCGGUGGCGGACCAGAAUGUGUUUGGACCGCAAGUGGCAGCAUCAUGCCUCCAUGGCUUUGACUUUACCUUACUAUUUGAAGAUAGCAUAUUAACCAUCCUACCGUUGGGUAUUGCCCUGAUUCUGGUGCCUCUCAGGAUCCGAGCGCUUGUCAAAACCGAUGAAAAGGUCCAGCGAUCAUGGCUUUACGUUUCAAAAGGAGUGGCACUCUCCAUAUAUGUUAUCCUCCAAAUUGUACUGCUGGCUCUCUGGGGCUCCCUAAACCUUCCCAAGAGCAAAGCUACGAUUGCAGCCACUGCAUUGACCCUCAUCGGAUUUGUUUCGUUUAUAUAUCUCUCACAUCUUGAGCACAUACGUUCCGUGCGACCUUCGACUCUCCUAAAUGUGUACCUCGGAUUCUCUGCACUGCUCGAUAUUGCGCGGGUCAGGACUCUGUGGUACAUGCCUGGGAACUUAGCAGUGGCUGCCAUCACCAGUUCAAGCUUUGGUCUUAAGCUGCUUAUCCUCCUUCUAGAGGCUAAGGAGAAGCGUGCGCUAUUGAAACGGCCAUAUGAGAAUAGCGCGCCGGAAAGCACAGGAGGCAUUUUCAACCGAAGUACAUUCUGGUGGCUGAAAGAUCUUUUCUGGCGAGGAUUUAAGUCCUUAUUGACUGUUGACACGCUCUUGCCGCUGGAUGAGGAGAUCAUUUCUGCGUCUGACACCCAUAGCAUAGCGCAGAGGUGGAAUAAAGCUGACAAGUCUGGGCCAAAUGCCUUACUGUGGACAUUUGCUAUUCAUUUCAAAUGGCAGCUCCUGGCUGGCGUCUACCCCAGACUAGCCUAUACAGCAUUCAACUUCGCACAGCCCUUCCUUGUGCAACGUGUGCUUGAUUUUAUUGACGAGCCUAAACACAUCAACUCAUCAAAUAUUGCAUAUGGGCUCAUUGGCGCAUAUGCCCUAGUAUAUUUUGGCAUUUCCUUCUCAUAUGCCCUGUAUGAGCAUAAGACCUAUCGCGUCAUAACUAUGAUCCGUGGCAGCUUGCUGCCGAUGAUUUUCGACAAGACACUUCAGGUCAGCGCCUCCGCUGUUUCCGAUGCUGAGGCGGUGACGCUGAUGAGUGCGGAUAUUGAGCGCAUCGGAUCUGGCCUACGCGAAAUGCACGAGAUGUAUUCAAGCGUAAUUGAGCUUGCGUUAGCGCUAUGGUUGUUGGAAAGGUUGCUUGGUGUUGCAAUGGCCGCGUCGACUGUAUUCGUUGUUUUGUGCCUUAUAGCUGGCAUGCCAAUCGCUGUUGCUGCUGGUAAUGCCCAAGGUCAAUGGCUGGAAGCAAUUGAGAAGCGCAUUGCUGUGACAUCGAAGGUACUCGGGGGUAUGAAAGGAAUCAAAAUGACGGGCCUAGUCCGCCCAAUAUCCGAGAACGUGGCAAGGCUGCGAGAGCUGGAGAUUCGUGCCUCCGGUCUGUUCCGUUUGUACACAGUCUUUGUCCUGACAUUAUCUUAUGCCUCUUCCGCCUUGGCGCCAGUCUUUGGCUUUGGCCUGUAUAUCCUCCUAGCACGAGCCCAUUCUACCACGACCUUGACGAACGGCAUCGCAUUUUCUGCCCUCACACUCUUCUCUCUCUUAGACAAGCCUAUGGUUGCGCUUGUCGACGGAGUGGAAGAAUUGAUGACUGUAGUUAAUUGCUUUCAACGAAUCCAAUCGCACCUUCUCGAGGAGGAACGCGUCGACUGCCGGGAAAUCCCUGGCGGAGCCUCCUCCACUACAUCGGCGUCUAUUGAUGAGAAGGAUGAAGGGACAAAUACCGAAAAGAAGAGUCUCCCUACCGUACAACUGCAAUCGCUUCUAGAUAAUCAGGACAUUUGUGCUGUUGUUAGAGAUGCAUCUGCAGGCUGGUCGAGUGAUGAACCGUCUCUUCUUACGAAUCUAAACUUCGAAAUUAGGCGUGGAAAAACGACCAUGCUUGUUGGUCCAGUCGGCUGCGGCAAAUCAACUCUUUUGAAGAUGUUGAUUGGAGAGCUCCCUGAAGUGUCGGGGUCCGUCGCCACAUCGUACCGAAACGCAGCCUACUGUUAUCAGUCACCCUGGAUAACAUUUGGCACUAUUCAACAAAAUAUCUUAGGGGGAUCGAUCUGGAAUAAGCCCUGGUAUGAUACUGUUGUUCAAGCAUGUGCUCUGGAUACCGAUAUUCAGGACUUCCCCGAUGGCGAUCAAACUAAGGUUGGUACACGAGGAUCGCGACUUAGCGGCGGACAGCAAAUACGAGUGGCCCUAGCAAGAGCUCUCUACUCGAAAGAACCUGUAAUGAUUCUUGACGAUGUCCUUACUGGCCUGGACCGCACCACCGAGCUAUUCGUCUUGCGUUCCGUCUUUGGCGAACAAGGAUUAAUAAAGGCGGCUCAAACAACUGUAGUACUCGCUACCAAUACACCUCGUCAUUUGUCGUGUGCGGAUUAUAUCAUGGUUCUCGACAACAAUGGCCACCUUGUGGAGCAAGGCUCGUCCGAUGAAAUUUCUGGACAAAGCGCCUAUGUGAAAAAUCUUUCUACUCAGCCUCUAGCUACUUCAACGUCCAGAGCACCGGAAGUGGAGCUCACCGAUGAGACGUUGCAGGAAUUGAAUCUCUCCGAUGAGGAAACGCACGAAUCAGACCGCCAAACAGGUGACAUCACCGUCUAUCUGUACUACUUCCAUGCUGUAGGGCCAACUUUUAUGGUGCUGUUAAUCUUUUCCUGCAUGGUCUUUGUGUUCGGCCUGACAUUCCCUCAGGUCUGGUUGCAGUGGUGGACAGAAGCUAAUGAGAAACACCCCAAUGAGCGUAUCGGUUACUGGCUUGGCGUAUAUGGUGGGCUAGGUGGACUAACAAUGUUUGCCACAUUUGGUGGAAACUGGCUCUUCUCUAUGAGAAUUGUGCCCAAAACGGCAAGAAGGUUUCAUGAUUUAUUGCUCACCACUACGAUGGGGGCGACAACCUCCUUUCUCACUUCGACCGACCUUGGAAAUACUAUCAACCGAUUCAGUCAAGAUCUUGAACUAAUUGACAUGGAACUUCCCGAGGCUUUCCAAUCCACGAUUAUAGCGGGGUUAAGUUGCAUCGCGGAAGGAGUCUUGGUCUUUGUUGGCUCGUCCUAUGUUGCAGCCUGCAUUCCCGUCUGCAUAAUCGUUGUAUACUUCGUCCAGAACUUCUACCUUAGAACUUCCCGCCAGCUCCGGUUUCUAGAUAUCGAAGCUAAAGCUCCCCUUUUCUCUCAAUUCUUAGAGGCCUUAAGCGGCCUACCCACUAUCAGGUCCUAUGGAUGGGGAGCAGAAUAUCAACGCCGGAACAAGAUUGCUCUUGAUGCAUCGCAGAAACCGUACUAUCUCAUGUUUUGUAUCCAGAGAUGGCUUAAUCUUGUUCUAGAUCUUCUAGUUGCAUGUAUUGCCACCUUGGUAGUAGCUGUUGCUACAACUCUGAAAGGGAAGGUGUCGUCGAGCUUCUUAGGAGUCGCACUAUUCAGCAUCGUCAGUUUUAGUGGCAGUCUGCAGCAGUUAAUAACGGAGUGGACUCUGCUAGAGACCGCCAUUGGAGCUGUUUCGAGGAUCCGCGCUUACGUAGUGCGUACUCAGCCGGAGGAUCAAGUGUCGGAGACCGACGAUAUUCCAGAACAUUGGCCAAAGGAUGGCCAGGUUCAAUUUCACAACGUCUCAGCAUCCUAUCAGUCCUCGUCGGAACCGGUUCUGAAAGAUAUUAAUCUUCUAAUCGAACCAGGUCAGAAGAUAGCGCUUUGCGGUAGAACUGGCAGUGGUAAAUCAUCUUUGGUCUCCACAGUCCUUCGAAUGCUGGACUUGGACAAAGGAUCGAUCACAAUUGACGGGGUUGACAUAUCAAAAAUCUCCCGCUACGAGAUUCGCAGUCGAUUGAACACACUUCCCCAAGAGCCUUUCUUCCUCCAUGGCGAUGUGCGUUUGAAUAUGGACCCACGUGGUAGCGAGACAGAUGAGAAAAUUAUUGAUGCACUUAAAUCUGUCCGCCUCUGGGAUUUCAUCGAGGCUAAAGGCGGAUUGGAUAUGGAGCUCUCUGAAGACAUCCUCUCACACGGGCAACGACAACUCUUCUGCUUGGCUCGCGCCACAUGCAAGACCAGUUCUAUAUUGAUUAUGGAUGAGGCCACGAGCAGUGUUGACUCGGAGACGGACGAGCUCAUGCAGCAGGUUAUCCGCUCGAAAUUUGAAGACCAGACGAUCAUCGCUAUAGCGCACAAGCUGCAUACGAUUCUCGACUUUGACAAGGUCGCCAUCCUUGAUAAGGGCCGAGUAGUGGAAUUCGAUGCUCCCCAAGCGCUCCUCGUCAGAGAGGGCUCAGCUUUUAAGCGGCUAUUUGAGAGUUCAGCACGGUCUGACCGUUCUUCAGAAAAUGGGAGUGAUGAGUGA